AUGCCGCCAAAACCAAUACUUAUAAAGAAUGAACCUAGAAAGAGCAUGCUUUUUACACCAAGCAGAAUAGUAAGUCGACCUGACAACUUAGAAGGAGGAGAAGAAACUGAAAUAGCCGCUCAAAUAUCAGUACCAGAGGAAGGAGGAUGGGGUUGGGUAGUUGUAGCUGCAUCUUUUUCAAUAAUUUUUAUCUUAGAUGGCGUUGCUUUUACUUUUGGCAGUAUACUAAACGACAUGUCUUCUGAUUUAAAUAUAUCAGUGUCUACUUUACCCUUGGUAAAUUCUAUUGCUGUCGCAAUUUAUUUCAUGAUGGGACCUUUAGCUUCUGCCUUCAUAAACCGUUUUGGAUUUAGGGCAUGUGCUAUGUCUGGAUCAAUAAUUAGUUCAUUCUCAUUGCUAACAUCCUAUUUCUCUACAAAUUUUACAUCACUGUGUGUUUUCUACGGAUUUUUUGCCGGUUUCGGAUAUUGUCUUAUCAAUAUGUCUGCUAGUCUUGUAGUUGGAUUUUAUUUCGAAAAGUUAAGGUCAAUUGCUUUAGCAAUAUCUACAACUGGUUCAAGUUUGGGUGUCAUGGUAUUGUCAUCAGCAAACGCUCAUUUAUCCAAACUAGCAGGGUGGCGAGCAACAACUUUGUUUCAUUCUGGUCUUUUUGGCUUAAUUUUUUUUCUUGGUAUGGCAUUUCAACCUUUGUUAUCUUUGACGGUUGUUACAACUAGUGAAGAUCCUACUCGUACUGUAACCUAUUUACCAAAUUUAUCUGCUGCAGCGUUAAAGAGCACUGUAUCACGCACUAAGACAGAAGGUAUCAUGCCUACCACAACGGAACGCUUGUUUGGUGCAGCAUCCAAUUCUAAUUUUCCUACUGCUGCAGCAGUGGUUGAUGAUACAGUUUCGACACCAGCUUCGCAAGCAGGACCAUCCACUGCAACUGUAUCUAAGAUAACUUUAACUGCAAACGCACCUCAAGGGGGCAUAAGCCCACGACAGUUAAAGCAAGUACAAUCAAUUAUGUCGAAAACAAGCGUUCAGGACAAAGCUAAAAAAGCAAUAGAGGUUACUGUAAAUGUUGAGCCACCAAAAAAGACAAGUUUCUGGGGAAGAUUAUUUCGCUGGGAAGAGCACGUUCCUCAGUCUAGACCCAUGUAUCGUGAUGAUGUAUUUUACGAUGGGAAAUUGCAGAAACUACCCGCUUAUCAGAAAAGUAUGGUCGAUACUACUGACAAAACUGGUCUUGAGUAUCAAUUAGCAGUGUCAAGGGCUGCCACUGCUGUCGAUUUAAGGGAGCGUAGAGGAGUAUUUACCACGGCCGCAAGAAGAGUGUUAGCAACUAUGAUGGAUCCCAAAUUAUUGCGGAAGACUUCAUUUUGGUGUCUUUGUACGGCUGGCUUUUUAAUAUACGUAGGAUUUCUCGUUCCAUAUGUUUUUAUUCAAACCAGAAAUGAGGAUGCAGGAAUACAUCCAAAACAUUGUACUCUAUUUGUCAGUGUCAUGGGGUUAUCUAAUGCUUUCGGAAGACUCAUAAUAGGGACACUUGCUCUAAGGAUAGAGCCUGUAUAUUUAUUUGUAACAUCAAUGAUAAUAGCAGGAACUAGUACAAUAUGCUCUACAUUCUCAUACGAUUUAUAUUAUCAAUAUUCAUACUGUGUUUUAUACGGGUUUUUUAUAUCUUGCAUGGCAUCACUAAGAAGUCUCAUAAUAGUUUCUCUAUACGGGUUGGAUAAUUUAACAAAUGCUACCGGUAUUUUGUUACUAUUUCAGGGUCUAGGUAGUUUUUUUAGUGCGCCUGUAGCGGGUUUCAUAAAAGAUUUAUUUGGAUUUUCAGUUGCAUUUUAUGAAGCAGGGUGUUUUAUUGCACUUGGAGGUUUAAUUUUACUUCCUAUUAAAAAGUUGUCAGUUAGAGAAAUUCAAAAUGAAACAAAUGAUUCCCAAAGACAGGGGACAAAGUCAGUUAAGUAG